CAGAUGUCGGAGCACCGUUACCGCAGCCAAGACGCUCGGGCAUGAUAUAUACAUAUUAUUAUAAUUAAUAAUCGUCUUGUUCGCUCGUCGUGUCGUGUGUACUUUUUUUGGAAAUAAUCGUUUACCAGUAAAAAAGUUAUUUUUGUUUUAUUUAAUUUAGUGCGUACCUACCUGCGUUCGGAAUAACCGCGAAGUCACGUUCGGCCGCCACAAACUAUGGAUUGUUAAAAUUCAAAAUCUACACAAUUCCCCGGAUCAAGUCGACCGAAAUGGGCGUUGAUCAAGAGACGACCACCAUUGACCUGCUGCAAGCGGCAACGAAGAUGGACGACGACGAAAUACAGACAAUCGAAGAAGCUAGGACCAUUAUACGGAUUUUGAAGGACAGAUGUCGGUUUCAAACACACCAGGCUCUGGUCUGGCGGAGAAAAGCUAAAAUUCAAGAAGAACACCUGGCCAGAAUCAGCUCGGAAUACGGCAGUCGUUUGGAAUCGCUGACGUCGGAUUUGCUACUGUUCGAGUCGAGGCUUAGCAAAAAGCAACGGGCCAUCAGCGAACUGCUCGAUCAGCGCGAGUGCAUCAUCGAGCGCCAGCAGCAGGCCAUCAGGUGUCUUCACUCGAGGCUGGCCGACUUCGGCGUGACCAUGACGGCGACGACCACGCUGGUGGACGACGGCAACGUGGACGACAGCGACAGCGCGGUGAUAAUGGAGGAGGACGAGUGCAACGGCCAGGCGGACGCGCCGGAACAACGACAACCGGAAAACGCGGCACAACAACAAACGCAAACGGCGACGGCUGCGGUCACCGCGGAAGACGGUCGCGAAACGGACGGCCGGGGGAACGUGACGGCCACCUACAACAGAGUAAUGAGCAAUCACCGUUCGGUGACCAAACCCAAGGACGUCAAGUACAGGAGGAUCAACAAAGCCAAAUCAAAGUCGCUGGAGGAGCUCAGGGGACGUCUCAAAAACUGGGUGGACAGAGGAAAUCGCAUGUCGUUGACUGUCGAUCCUACUUAUGGAUAGUCUAACCGUAUAGUAGCGUAGAUUUCCUCUGAAUGGACUGUACCUGUGCUUGUAACAACGCUAGACUGACAGACGAACUGUACACCAAGUUAUCAGUGUCUUUAGUACAAAAGAAACCCAAGUAAAACGACUAAAUUAAAAAAAAAAAAGCAAUUAUUCUAUUCGCUAUUUGGCCGAUCCCGAAUGAACCCAAAUGAAGGCAGAGAUGAACAGAACAACAACAACAGCCACAAGAAUGUUAACGUUAUUCGUGCUCGCCGACAAAUAUUUGCAAAAUAACAAUUUUGAGUUGUAAUCGUGUGCGUCGACAACAGAAAAAUAAACUAUUGUAUUGUUUAAAUGUCAACUAAAAUCAGUUAAAAUAUAUAUGUAUAUGAUAUAACUAGAUAUUGUUUUUACUUUUUAAUAAAAUAAGUAUAUCUGUAUAAGAAAACAUUUGAUUACAAAUUACAAUAUUCACAUGUUUUUAUUACCAUAAUAUGUUUGUCACCAUGAAAAGACACUGUAUCUUUUAGACUAGAGCGUUUUGGAGUUCCUACACCCAAAUUUUAACUUGGCUUAAAUUAUACAAUAUAUUAUUAUGUUUUUUUUCAAAAUAAAUUUAACAUGAACAAUGUUA